UAUUUCUUAGUCACCGGUUUGCCUUAUGAGCGCGAACUGCAUUUGUGUAUGGCGAAAUGGUGUUUUACACGUGUGAUUGCGGUCGCCCCCAUUCAAAUAGUGCGAUUUUUUGCCUUUGAAAAAGUAAACAAAGUGCAAUUUUAGGUGGAUUUUGGAUGUGCGGCAUCGACUGUACGGUUUUUUUAGUGUUUGUGAUUUUUUACGUGGAUUUUUUCUGAUUUUUUUCUCCUUAUCAAAGUCAUUUCAUGGUUUGGAAAAUCUAUUUCGCUUUAAUCGGAUUUGCUACUUACUGCCAGUAAGAUGGACUCUGAUGUGUCUCUUCAUCCAAAAUCAGUCGAUAAAGUGACUCUGGAGCCGGUCCAUCAACCCCUACCUAUAAUGCCUUCGAAAAGUGGCUCYUCAUCUACGAUUUCCCUUUCGGACGAGAGCGACAUCGAGCCCGACGAACUCGUGUCGACAAUCAACCACAACACCGAGUCCUCGAUGGCCGCCUUGGCGGGCGAAGACCGGGAUUUCGGCAGUUCGAUGUUCUURAAACGCUAUUUCCAAAACCACAGCAACACUUUGCCAUCCCGAGUGGCCGUUUCGUCGCGGAGAUUGUCCCAAUGUCGCGAGGAGGACGAGGACGAGGAGAAAAAAGACUUGAAAGAGCAAGUGCCUUCCAGUAACAUGUCGACCAUCUCCGGGAGUGACAAAAGUCUGUCGGAAUCGUCAAGCGGUUCGAAAACGUCUGUGAUUGAUACAGUUAGUGGACCUACUCAUAAGUUUGUGAUUACAAAGACUAAGCAGCCCUCGGAAGCUGCGAAAGUUUUCGCCAAUAGGCAACAAUAUAGACAGGCUAAUACGGUGCACGCGAUACCAUCGCACGACUCGAAGAGGCCUUCGGUUUACAAUAUUUUCAGAACUUCGUUACCUUCGCCACAUUAUGAUACUAGAUUUUUUGAUUCGUCGCUUAUUGAAAUGAAGAGUGAGAACUCGAGUAGUUCCACGAUCGAUUGUGCAGGCAGUGCGGAGGAUAUUUGGGUGAAAAGAUCGCCCACUGAGUUGAAAAAGGAACUCGGCUCCCAACCUCUCCCGACCAUCACCAGCGACGAUGUCGACACCCAGUCGAUGCCCCGGCCUCGAUCUGGAACGUGGGGCUCUAAAUCCGACAGCAAACAGAAGAGCAAAGACAUCGCCAAGCCCAAAUCGAAAGAAGGAAAGAGUAAGCAAGCCAAAGAACACAAAAGUGAGGGCAAGAAGGAGAAGAAGAAGGACAAACAUUCGGGAACUCGAAGCGGGUCUACGUCCAGAUCGAAUUCGGCUGAAAGAAGGAAGUCGGAGGAUGUGCAAAGUCCCAAAAAAGCGGGAAUGUUGGACGCUUUCAGGACGAGGUCCAACUCGGACGCCAGCAAYAAGAAYGGCAGCGCUUUUAUGGCGUCGAUGAAGAGUGCCAUGUUGCAUACUGGUUUGAUGCAUGCACGUCCGAAAGCACCACGGGAUGGGUCUGCCCAUCCAGUUCGUGAUGAUGGAUCACACACUCAAUAUUACCAUACCGUUACCGCAGCUUCUUCCAAUAGGAGUCCUAUGACCAAAGUGAUGGAUAUCUUCAGGAAUAGAUCGCAUGCAAGUGUACCACCAGAGGAUAGACGAAAGAAAGCGGCCCAACAACUAUCUGGGGCGCAUUUGAGGCAGAGAUCUUUAGAUACUGAAAGACGGCGGCAAUCUCUCGGAACUAUCAUUCCUCAUAGGGCUUCAGAUGCUUUCCUCGACCCUUAUCAUGCCGCGAUUCUUUUCAGAGAUGCGAGAGGGUUACCUGUCGUUGAUCCGUUCCUAGAAAAAGUCAAUAUAUCGGAUUUAGAAGAGGAUGAAUCUCAAAUAUUCGUCAAAUUCUUCAAAUUCCACAAGUGCUAUGAUCUCAUUCCGACGUCCGCCAAGUUGGUCGUCUUUGACACGCAGCUGUUGGUCAAAAAGGCCUUCUUCGCUCUGGUGUACAACGGUGUUCGAGCGGCACCGCUAUGGGACAGCAACCAGCAAGAGUUCGUCGGUAUGUUGACCAUCACCGACUUCAUAAAAAUACUUCGAAUGUACUACAAGUCACCGACGGUGGCGAUGGACGAGCUUGAGGAGCACAAAUUGGACACUUGGCGGCACGUGCUAAAGGAUCAGCGCCCUCUUAUCUACAUCAGUCCUGACGCCUCAUUGUACGAUGCAAUCCGAACUCUUAUUCACAACAGAAUCCAUAGAUUACCGGUGAUCGAUCCCGAAACGGGAAACGUUCUUUAUAUCCUAACCCACAAGAGGAUACUCCGAUUUUUGUUCUUAUACAUUAACGAACUUCCUAAACCUAGUUAUAUGAACAAAACURUGAGAGAAGUGAGYAUCGGUAGUUACGAGAAUAUCGAAACAGCAACAGAAGACACUUCGAUUAUUUUAGCUUUGAAAAAGUUUGUCGAGAGGCGAGUCUCAGCGCUGCCCAUUGUAGAUAAUGAAGGAAGGCUUGUUGACAUCUACGCUAAAUUUGACGUUAUUAAUUUAGCCGCCGAGAAGACUUAUAAUGAUCUAGACGUUUCAUUAAAGAAGGCCAAUGAGCAUAGGAACGAAUGGUUUGAAGGUGUGCAUAAAUGUAAGCUCGACGAGACGUUGUUUACGAUUAUGGACAAGAUUGUCAAAGCAGAGGUUCAUAGGCUUGUGGUUGUUGACGACGACGACAAAGUCAUAGGUAUAAUAUCACUGUCCGAUCUUUUCCUAUACCUCGUGUUACGACCUUGCGGCGAAGACGGCUCUCCCGACGGCGUAGCCUCGGUCAGGGCGCAAGACAUCAAACUCCAGGAAACCAUUUCGCAGUUAGAGAGGACGUCUUCGACCGAAGAAGUAUCUCAAACAAUUCCCGAAGAAGAGGAAGACCCGACCAUAGAAAAAAAUACUCAAGAAGAAAAAUCCGAAAACCAUAAAGAUGAUUCCGAUACGAGUCUGCCCGACUCUCCCGUCAUCGAAAGUACAACGUUACCAAGUGAGAACAGCAUGUUCAGGGAGGUGACGGUGACGGGCGGCGGAGAAUAAUUUUUUUGUUUUUUUAUUUUCUGGGUGAUUAGUAUUUAAGAUAUCACGGUUCAUAUUGGUUUUGAGCCGGUCCUGGAUUGUUUCUUUGUUACGGGACGUUGAUCGCUUUUUAGUCGACAAUGUCUGUUACUUUGUGAUCGUGUGUCCUAAAUUUACAAGGGACUUUAAUAUUUUUAAGAAAUUUGUACUUAAUAAGUUACAUACCAAAGACUGCUUUACGUCAUGCCGAGUGACGGGUGAAAGAAACAAUUCAGAUAUCAACUAACUCAUGGUGUGCUUUAUUUAUUUGUAUAAUACACUUAUUUUUGUCAGAUAAUGUUGUAAAAAGAGACAAAAUGGUUAACAUGUUAUUGUUACAACUAUAUAACUAUAACGUAAAAUUAUUCUAUUUAGCUGCACGGAAGGCUUUGAUGACAUUGAGGAUGAAGUUUGGAAAGAAUAUAAAUUGUUUAUACUUACAUAGUAACAAAAGAAGCCUUAUAUUUCGUACAAUAGAGGAUUCUGUGCUUAAUGUUGUCAAAGCAGAAAGAACCUCAAAUAUUCUUUGGAGAAUUAACACUUUCUUUUUGUAAAUACUUGAAGAAUAGUGGAUUAUAUUCUUAUCAUUACGGAUAUUUUUUUUAUUUCAGAGCAAAAGGAAAGGUAUCUUGAUGAGAUCUACAAUUUUUAAAUUUUAUAUAUAAAAAUUAAGCUAAUGUACAGUUCGAAAUAAAUGAUAUAAAAGCGAGGUUAACUCAAAGUUGGUAUUUGCUAAUUUAUUGUUAAGGUAGUUUAAGAUAUACAACGAUGUAGUUAUUUAGUAGGUAGGCUGAUGGCCUAUACGAUGCUUAGUAAACGUGUAUCUACCAUAAAAUAAA